CUUGGUCCGCGUGGGCUCUGUCAUGCCGCAUAUGCAUGGGCUGCGGUUUCUUUUAAAGGUUCUUUGAAUUCGUUUUAUUAAAAACAUCAAGAGAGCAUCAUCCACCUUUGGCUGAUAUUUCCAGUGUUUUUAUUCACCGUAGUGUUUGAAGAAAGGUUCUGAAGAUGUCGCAGGGUUGUUCUCCGUCGCACGACUGGCUUUGCGAGUCCGAGCCGCUGCUUUUUGAUGACGAGUUUUGCCAGAGUCUCAUGAAGGACUUGCAGUCCAUCCCCACGCCGCCCCAAUCCCCUCCGAUGAAAUCGGGAUAUGGAAAGUCUCUGUCCACCGUGGAACAGUUGGAGUUGGUAUCGGAACUUCUGGAAGACAGUGACUUUCUCCGCCUGGACUGGAACUGUGAUUUUACCGGCGCAAGCAUCGCUGCUGCUGCAGCCGCCGCAGCAGACGACCCGCUCUCGGAAGACUACCUGUGGUCCACCGACGGAGAUAAACCGAUCGAGGAUAAAUUGGCGUCCGUGCUCUCCACGAGUCCCUUGCUCUCCGAUAUUGACACUCAAAUCUUUGCUGAAAUCGUCGGUUCAACGCUGGAUUGCCACAAUGUGGCGCUCGCCUGCCAGGCUUUGGAGAGUGAGGAUUUACCCUUGGAAAGUCAGGAACAGAUCGAGUCAACAUCUGAUUAUGGUUCACUGUCCACCGGAGAAGAGUCAUCUACAAGCGAUUCUGAGGAGGAAAUUGAUGUUGUGACAGUCAGGCGGUCGAGUACGCUUACACGUUCCCAACGCCAGCAGCAGUUGGAGGACAGUCGCCGGGAGCAAGAGCGUGCUCUGAAGCGCUGUCACUUUGAAAUUCAACAACAGCACAACUACGCUGCACCACGGCCCGCCUCUCCGCCUCCCCUGCCCUCUCAGAGCACAGCGCCCCCUCUCAAACGCUCCCGAGGGGCCGGAGAAUCCCACCGGAACACACACAGUUCAGGAAGGUCUCGAAGCCUUGCAUCUCGGCAGAGUGCAGACACUGAGGACGAGGAGGAAAGACGGCGUACGCACAACGUGAUGGAGAGGCAAAGGCGAAACGAGUUAAAGAAUUGCUUCUUUAGACUACGGGAUAACGUCCCUGAACUUUCCAAAAACGAAAAGGCUUCGAAAGUCAUCAUAUUGAAGCGAGCAAAAGAAAGCAUCAGGAACCUGGAAACAGAAAACCGGAGACUUGCUCAAAAGAGAGACAAACUUAGACAAAGGCAAGAACAGCUGAGAGCCAGACUCGAGCAGCUCAAGAGAUUGUAAAUGUCGGAGACUGAAGUUUGCCAGUUUGGGCAUUCGAUGACAAAAACAAUGGCGCUGCAAACUCUCAAAUCAACUCUUGUGGCUGUCUGUAAAGAAAUGAUCUCUGAGGAUAUUCAGGAUUUGUCUGCUGUUGAGUUCUGUUUGGAAACGUGCAUGGCCAAUGCAAGAAAUGUUCUCAGUGUUGUGACUUUGUGCUAUGCCAAAGUCUUGUUAUUCUUAACAUGAAAUUUGAAGAAUAAAAGCAUAAUAAUUAGCCUUUAAGAAAGAAAAUAACCUUAGAUUAUCAUCAUAUGUUCUACCUUUUGUAAUAUUUUGGGCUGGAUCCAAAGGAUGUUUCUAAAGGUUUGAAUGUAAUUUGCAUGAUUACAUUUGCAUAGACUUAAAGUUUGCAUUUGAUGUUGACGUUCAAACUGGAACGACUAGAGUAUAUUGGAUUUCAUCCAUAGUUUGCCAUGUUGAGGUUCAAAUUUCAAUCACACGCUUCACGUGUCUUGUAUUUCCUUUGUCUGUUGUACAAAGGAAUUGUCAAUUAUUGUAUGUUCCCUCCUGUUUUUUGUUUAUAUCUACCUCUACCAGGUUUAAAAACCUGGUUAUAUUAUUGCCUUCAUAAUGGCAACUGUAUAGAAUGCCCCCAAAUGUAAAUACAUUUUGAUAAUUAUGUAUCAUAAAUUAUUUAGGCUUUUUCUUUUAGGUUCAUUUGCAGGUUUUGGAAAAAAAAAAAGUUCUUGUUUGUUUUUCAGCUGCACUUUGUUUUAUAAAGUAAUAAAGAAUGGG